GACACUGUUGUACGGGAAAACAGAGCCAAUGUAUCUUGAUAAUUGGGAGCUCUAAACAAUUUUGUAAAGAAUUUGAACAAAAUUUAAACAAUUUUGGAAGCCUAUAUUCAUGUACAUUUUCUUCAAAUUUCGGGAGCUGUAGCCCAAUGUUUCAAUUGUCAUGCUCAUGUUCACCGGCUCUGGCAGGUAAUCACCAUCAAUUAACUGGAGUUGAGAUUUCAGGGGCUAUAAACAUCUUUUGAAAAUAAAAUUAAAGGAUGACUUCAAUAAAAAAAAGUUCAUAAUUUUGGAGGUCCAUACAUAUGUUUAUUACCACUAAAAAUUUUGGGGACCAAAACUGAUGUUUCAUAGAGUUGUUCAUAUAGCGCGAGAAUACUAGCUUCUUUGUCUGCUUCAUAUUUGUUUUUAGAUAAGACAGAUUGCAAAUCUGCCUUCAUCUUGUUUGUGAGUAUCUCAGUCUUGUUGAAAAUAACCAUUGUUACAGAUAGCUUUUGAGUAGUUAAAAAUAGGAAAGUAAAAAUCGGGUCAUAUUAAAAAGUCUUCUUUCUUUCUUAUUCAGCAACAAUAGCUUCAUAUGGUAAAGUCUACAUCAACUUCAACCUUUUAUCUCUUUCUACUGAUAAGUCUCAUCUUAUUCACUAAAACAACUGCCUCCACUAAUUCUCUCUACAUAUACCAACAAUAAGAUACGUUUCUCUCAUUUUCUGUUAUCUUUAACCCCUUCCACUCAUCUCUCUCUACAAUGAUGAGAAAAGGAGACGACCGGUUUAGAGCGGUUCACGAAGACGAACCGCUUUUUAUCACAGGGAGGAGAACCGGAAGGGUGAUAGCGUACCGGGUUUUCUCAGCCUCUGUUUUCUUUUGCAUCUGUUGGAUUUGGCUCUACAGAGUGACCGCACCAGUAGAGGUUGAUGAGAACCGGACCGGUUUAGUUCGAUUCGUGUGGUUGGUUAUGCUAGUCACAGAGAUUUGGUUCGGUUUGUACUGGAUAGUCAUGCAAUCUCCCCGCUGGAACCCGGUUUGGCGGUUCACCUUCACCGAUAGACUCUCCCGGAGGUACGGUGACGAUCUCCCUAGGCUCGACGUUUUCGUCUGCACGGCGGAUCCGGUGAUUGAGCCGCCGUUGAUGGUGGUCAACACAGUCUUAUCCGUAGCGGCUCUAGAUUACCCACCGGAGAAACUUGCCGUGUAUCUCUCGGACGACGGUGGUUCCGAGCUCACGUUCUAUGCUCUUGCGGAGGCAGCUGAGUUUGCUAAAGUUUGGGUUCCGUACUGCAAAAGAUUCAACGUUGAACCGAGAUCCCCUGCUGCUUACUUGACGUGCAAGGCAAGUGGUUUUGAUUCAGCUGAAACAGAGGAAGUGGCUAGGUUGUAUAAAGAAAUGGCGGCGAGGAUUGAAACGGCGGCGAGACUCGGGAUAAUACCAGAUGAGGCGCGUUUGAAGUACGGUGACGGGUUCUCCCAGUGGGACUCUCACGCUACUCGCAGAAACCAUGGAACCAUUCUUCAAAUUUUGGUAGAUGGAAGAAAAGGUAAUACAGUAACAGUACCAACGUUGGUGUAUCUAUCGAGAGAGAAGAGACCAGAGCAUCAUCAUCACUUCAAGGCUGGAUCCAUGAACGCAUUGAUAAGGGUGUCUUCGAAGAUCACAUGUGGGAGAAUCAUACUAAACUUGGACUGUGAUAUGUACUCAAACAACUCAAAGUCAGCACGCGACGCGCUCUGCAUCCUCCUUGAUGAGAAAGAGGGGAAAAAGAUUGCUUUCGUGCAGUUCCCGCAGUGUUUUGAGAACCUUACCAAGAAUGAUUUAUAUGCAAGCAUGAUGCGAGUUGGAUAUGAUGUGGAGUUUAAUGGAUUAGAUGGAAAUGGCGGUCCAUUAUACAUUGGAACUGGCUGCUUUCACAGAAGAGAUGUGAUCUGCGGAAGAAAGUAUGGCGAGGUAGAGGUUGAAGAAGAAGAAGAAUCUGAGUAUAUUUCAGAGACUGAGAUGAUUAAGGCUCUUGCAAGCUGCACUUAUGAAGAAAACUCUCAAUGGGGAAAGGAGAUGGGUGUGAAAUAUGGUUGCCCGGCAGAGGAUGUAAUAACCGGUUUAGGGAUUAAAUGCCGUGGAUGGAAAUCAGCAUACUUGAACCCGAAAAAGAAAGCUUUUGUCGGUGUAGCGCCGACCAAUUUGCAUCAAAUGCUAGUGCAGCAAAGGAGAUGGUCAGAGGGUAACUUUCAGGUUCUGCUUUCAGUGUAUAGUCCGGUUUGGUAUGGCCAAGGGAAGAUCGGUUUAGGAUUGAUACUUGGUUACUGUUGCUAUUGCCUUUGGGCUCCAAGUUCAGUACCUGUGCUUAUUUACUCUGUUUUGACUUCUCUCUGUCUCCUCAAAGGCAUUCCUCUGUUUCCAAAGGUCUGGAGCUCGUGGUGGUUUAUCCCGUUUGGAUACGUGACUGUUGCAGCUAAUGCUUAUAGCUUAGUCGAGUUCUUGUGGUGCGGAGGUACGUUACGUGGGUGGUGGAACGAGCAAAGGACGUGGCUUUAUAGAAGAACAAGCUCGUUUAUAGAAGAUGCCAGUGACCGUGACAGUUAACUCCUUUGUAAAGUUUGCAACAGCUUGUCUUUUAGGGCAUUUCCAAUAAAAUUUUCUCCAACUCCACUCCAUAAACCCCGAGUAAUCUUAGCUAUUACUCUAUUAUGAAGUUGAAUAUUAUUUUUUUAUAAAAUGGUCAUUUUAAUCUUCAA